GUUUGAUUUCUUGUCAAUCUCAGUCUGUAACAGUUGCCCCGGUAACGGAGUCUGGCUUUGGCGGACGCCGACUCUCCGAGCGAGGCGUGUGCCCGAGGCCUGUCCGCCAUGGCCCAGCUGGAGCUCUUCUCUCACCCCGGGCCCGGCGUCCGCUACCGCGCCGGGCUCUGCUCCACGGCGGCGCUGGGGCUGCUGCUGCUAUGGGCACUCACCUAUCUGCCGCCGCUGCUGGUGGCGUACCGGAGUCAGGGACUUUGGCUGAAGCAAAGUACCUACAUGGAGCAGCCCACAGUACAGUUUCAGUAUGAGGUACUGCUGGUGGCUAUGACUGGAGCUGACCCAGGCAGCUUCCUGGCUUGGAGCACAUUUCCAGCCUUCAAUCGCCUCCAGGAAGACCAACUGCGAGUUCCACUCAUCUCGACUAGAGAAGAAGACAAGAAUCAUGAUGGCAAAAUGGACCAAUUACAUUUUAAAUUAGAGCUUCCUCUACAAUCUACAGAACAAGUACUUGCUGUCCAGCUCAUUCUGACUUUCUCCUACCAAUUACAUAGGAUGUCAACAUUUGUGAUGCAGAGCAUGGCUUUUAUCCAGUCGUCCUCCCCUAUUCCAGGUUCUCAGCUUUAUGUGAACGGAGACCUGAAAUUGCGCCAGAGGCAGUCACUUAGCCAUUGUGGAGUAGACAUCAGAUACAAUGUAUCUGUGAUCAAUGGCACCAGCCCUUUUGCAAGUGACUACGAUCUCACUAACAUCAUUGCAGCAUAUCAAGAUAGAAAUGUAACAACAGUUCUUUCUGAUUCCAACCCUGUUUGGCUGGUAGGAAGAGCAGCAGAUGCGCCAUUUGUGAUUAAUGCCACUAUCCGUUACCCAGUGGAAGUUAUUUUAUAUCAGCCAGGUUUCUGGGAAAUGAUCAAAUUUGCCUGGAUCCAGUAUGUUAGUAUCCUGCUUAUCUUUCUUUGGGUGUUUGACAGGAUAAAAAUAUUUGUGUUCCAGAAUCAGGUGCUGACCACAAUACCAGUGUUGCCAGUUUCCUCUUAUAAACAGCACCAGUCCUGAGAAAAUGCCUGAAAUGACUUUAAAGAGACUUAGGAUAAGAGAGUCUACUUAAUUUUUGUUCUCUUUAGAAUUCUCAUAUUUCUGAAGGUGGGGAACUUCGUAAGUUACAUUCUGGAUCAUGUUCUGUUAAUGCUACAACAGACUAGAGUGUCUGGACAUUUUUAUUUCUUUGUAUUUAGUAGACCUCAUGUUGCUGUGAGAGAACACUGCUUUGGGAUUAUUGUGUGCUCUCAUGUUUUUGACAGUUCAAGAAGAAUGUUAUCUUUUGCAAUAUGACUGCAUUUCAAAAGCCAUGCAAGCCAACAUGGCACCUGUUCUGCUGAAAUCUGUACCAUCUUUGACUGAUCAGAUAUGCUUUUAAUUUGGCUAAAAUACACAAUAUAAUAAUUGAAAGGCACAUGGUAACAAUAACUGUGUAAACUACUUGUACUGUCUUAGUUUUGUAUAUAGAAAACUGAAGUUCUAUUAAACCUUUAACUGUGUUGAGGAGUGGGAAUGGGAGGGGAGAAAUUUUAAAAGAAUAGUGAAGAGGCAAAGGCAUAUCUUUGUAAAGGUUAUGAUCUACUGAAUCUAUUCAUCCUAUUUGUAUACAUGUGUCGUUUCUGUAUUCGAAGUCAUGAAUCUUGGGUGUGUACUUGCUUGAUUUCUAAGUAGCCUUUAUAAAGCAUUUGGUCAGCUUCUUGACAAAGGAAUGUGCAAACAAUGGCUGCUGCCUAUAAAAACUGAGUCACGCAUGGACAUGUGACUUGCCCAUGUGACUCCAAAACUCCAUCUUGGAGCUGGACUUUGCAUAGGAGAGAGGAGUGGGGUCUCUACCCACAAGAGAAAAUCUGUUUAAACCCCUGGGAGACCCCUCCAUUUUGUCUUCAGCUGGCUAAAGAGAGAGCCUCUCCACCCCCAGGGAUACCUGAAAGAAACUGGAACAAAGGAUUGUAACUACAGGGGGUGUGAGUGACUGUUGGACCCAGACUAGAAGGAGACUAGUCUGUAAAAGGAAGCUUACUGGAACACCUCUGAGGGUGAGAUUUUGUCUAUAUUCAGUUUUCUUACUAUAUUAGAUUCAGAUUUGCGUGUUUUAUUUUAUUUUACUUGGUAAUUCACUUUGUUCUUUUGAUCCCAAAGGACCAGCUACACACCCAGGUCAAUAUAUAACUUAGAUCUUACCCAAAAAUUAUGCUGAUACCAGUCCUUUAGUAUUUAAAAUUUAAAAGUUUAUUUAUAAAAAGAAAGAAAGGUGAGUUAAAAUUGGUUAAAGGAAUUAAAUACAUAUUGUAACUUGCAAAGAUUUUGGUUUAGGCUUGUACCAGUGAUGGAAUAAACUGCUGCCUUGAUAAGUUUCUGGUUGCUUUCAAAUCAUUGGAAGGACUUCAGUCCCUUGGUUAGAAUGCUUCCAUUAGUAUAAGUUCAUAGUUUAGAGGCUUGAGCAGGAAAGAGGCAAAAUUGAGGUGUUUCCAGGACCUUUUAUAGCUUCUGCCAUGUGGAGGGAAACCCAUUAUUUUAAACAAAGCCCUUAGCACAGCUAGUGGAAAAUUACAGGUAAAAGAUGGGAGUUUGGAGUCACAUGGGCAAGUCACCUGUCCAUGCCUGAUUUUGCUUAGUUAGAGCAGGAAGCCAUUACCUAUACUGCAGACAGUACAUUUGAAGGACAGUCCAUUCAGUGUAGAUGGGCAUCUCCUGUGGCCCAUUGUUAGUUUAGUGUUUCUUGGUGAGCCACUUAAUUUGAAUAGUCCCUUCAAGAUGUGCAAGCUAAAUACCUUGUGGGGCAUUACUCCAGGAGCAAAUAUUUGAAAUUCAGGUAUAGAACCAAUAUUUAUAACUUCAAAUACAAAAAUGAUACAUGCAUGCAGAUAGCAUAGUCAUAACCAGAAAAUCAUAACCUUUCCAUAGACAUCUUACAUGCCACAUUUUGAACCGGAUUUGUUGCAAAUAAAUUACCGUGGUUGCACC